AUGUUGUUUUGCAAAUCGUCUCAUUCUAUCCAUAUCUAUCUAUCUAUCUAUCUAUCUAUCUAUCUAUCUAUCUAUCAAUCAUUUCAUUUCACAUCUAUCUGUCUAUCUAUCAGUCUAUUUAUCAGCAUUUCAUAUAUAUCUAUCUAUCAGUCUGUUCAUAUUCAUCUAUCUAUCUAUUUAUCUAUUAGUCAUUUCAUAUCUCUCUGUCUAUCUAUCCGUCUAUCAGUAUGUUCAUAUUUUUCUAUCUAUCUUGAUCACACGUUGUUUUGCAAAUCGUCUCAUUCUAUCCAUAUCUAUCUAUCUAUCUAUCUAUCUAUCUAUCUAUCUAUCUAUCUAUCUAUCAGUCAUUUCAUAUCUAUCUGUCUAUCUAUCAGUCUAUUUAUCAGAAUUCCAUAUCUAUCUCUCUAUCUAUCAGUUUGUUCAUAUCUAUCUAUCUAUCUAUUUAUAUAUUCAUAUCUGUCAGACAUUUCAUAUCUAUCUGUCUAUCUAUCAGUCUGUUCAUAUCUAUCUAUCUAUCUAUCUAUCUAUUUAUCUAUUAUCUGUUCAUAUUUUUUUAUCUAUCUUGAUCACACGUUGUUUUGCAAAUCGUCUCAUUCUAUCCAUAUCUAUCUAUCUAUCUAUCUAUCUAUCUAUCUAUCUAUCUAUCUAUCUAUCUAUCAGUCAUUUCAUAUCUAUCUAUCAGUCUAUUUAUCAGUCUGUUCAUAUCUCUCUAACUAUCUAUCUAUCUUGACUACACGUUGUUUUUUCAAACUGUUUCAUUCUAUUUAUAUCUAUCUAUCUAUCUAUCUAUCUAUCUAUCUAUCUAUCUAUCUUGUGUUAAAUAUAUAA